CAAAUAAACGGUCUUAACAAACACUAGUUGUUUAAGCCAACAAAACUACCAAACGACCAAUAAAAUCUUAUUCAAAUCAAUCAAAAAUAUCAACCUUAAAUAUGUUCUCCUCAAAAACUGUAGUCAUUGCUUUCGCAGUCAUUGCCAUCAGCUGUUGUCUAAUUGAAGUCAGUCAGGCUUUACCUUCCAUUGGACAUUACGGCAAACGUUUUGACUCCAUGUCCGGCAUUGAUUUUAUACAAAUCUGUUUGAAUAACUGUGCCCAAUGUAAGAAAAUGUUUGGCGAUUACUUCCAAGGUCAAGCCUGUGGUGAAUCCUGUCUGAAAUACAAAGGCAAAGCUAUACCCGAUUGUGAAGAUAUUAACUCCAUUUCUCCUUUCAUAAAUCCUUUGGAAUAAAGAGAUGAGAAAGAAACAAGGUUGAUUUGUUGAUAUGAUAAAAUGUGAUAAUAACCAAAUACCCAUGAUUAUGAUGAUGAUACUUAAAAAAAAUUAACUACCAAUAACAGAAAUUAAGGUCAAUGUAAUUUCUUUAAUAUGUAUACGAAAACAAAAGUAACCCAAAACUUUGUUAACUUUUUUUUCGGUACCAAAGUUAACAAGUUUAUUAUUAUGUUUUCCUUAAUUUUAAUUGAGUUAAGCUGUGAUUUUGUUUUGUAUUUUUUUCCUCAUUUUAUUAUUUAUUUUAUUUAAUUUAUUUGUAAUAUUAGUUUUUAAAGUUUUAUUUAGCAUAUAUUCAGGCUUAUAGUUUUAAUUUAAGUGGUUUAUAUGUUAAACCGUAAAUACUUGAAUGGCUGGACAUUUUUUAACAAAAAUUUAAAUAUUGUAUAUUUUUUAAUAUAACAAUAGUAUGGAUUUUUGUAUUUAAUGUUUAGUUUAUCAUGUAUUUGUUCGUAUACAUAUUAGUUUUAAUACAAAUAUGCCAAAUAAUAGUUCCUAAUCUAGUGUAGUCGAUAACCUUUAAUUAUUGUGUAAAAAAUGUACAUUUUUUAAAACAAUAAUAAAAUAUUCCUUAAAGCAUAAAAA